GUAUGUUAGAAGAGGAUUUCUCUUCAGUGCGAACUUCAAGCCUGAUCAUCUGUAUUCUGAAUGCCAUUUGUUUCUUUCCAGCAGCGCUAGGAAACGGAAUCAUACUGAUCGCUAUUCGGCGGACGCCAUCUCUACAUUCGCCUUCGAACACGUUCUUGUUUGGUCUUGCACUGACUGACUUCCUCGUUGGUUUAGUGACUCAGCCGUUAAAUGUCGCCUCCUCUGUCAUUUUCCUUGUCGAAAAGGAAGAAGGUCCAAUCGCUCUUACAUUAGCGUUUGAUUUUAUCUCUGUUGUAUUGACUGCGGCAUCUUUUAUGAUAGCAACUGCUAUAAGUAUCGAUAGGUACCUGGUAUUUUACCUGCAUAUGAGAUAUCAAGCUAUCGUCACCAACAAAAAAGUCGUGGCGAUCAUCGUUUUAUGUUGGUGUUUAUCCUGUUUAUUUGGGGUCAUUUGGACCCAAAAUACUACAGCCUAUUAUGUCAUUGGAAUAGCAAGCUUCGUUAUCUCCAUUUUUAUUAUUUCUCUGAUGUACUUUAAAAUCUAUAGAGUUGUGAUACGUCAUCAGGCCCACAUACAAUCUCAAGCUCACGUUGGAAUCGCCCCAAAGGAAGCUUUAUCGCAUUUGCAGUUCGCACGUUUCACUAAAUCUGCUGUGAAUACGUUUUACGUUUGCUUCAUUUUCUUCCUUUGCUUUUUUCCAUAUGCUUGUACAGCUGGCUUGAUUCAAAUGACAGGUCCAAGCCUUACCAAAGAUAUUGCACUGCAAUACACAGGAACCAUAACAUUUAUAAACUCGUCGCUGAACCCAUUAGUUUACUUUUGGCGGCUUCCUGAAAUUCGAAAGGCGAUAAAGAAAAGUCUAGGAUGUUGCUACCACGGACGCAUUGGCUGGCGACAAGAAAGCAAAGAGAGGAGUGACAAAACUUCCAAGACAUAGAAAAUACUUCCAACUCUGAUAUUGAACCAAAGCUCCACCAUCAUAAUUUUCCGCAUUCGAACUCUGUUUUUUAAAGUUGAAUAAUAUGGUCGUGUAGACCUUAGACAAAAGAUCAGCUGCUUUCAUGAUACUCAAUGACCAACAAUUGAGUUUGUCGUUUUAAAUGUCUUCAGCUCGAAUUUUGAAAUUUCUGACCUUGGGGAAACUUGCAGGAAACAGAUAGGAAGUAUACAAGAACAUUAACACUAAGCUAGUGGAAUAGAUCGUUAUCUUCUGAAAUAGAUCUUCCGUCAUUAGAUUACGUUUAUUAACGACUAAUUUAUUCAAACAGACAAAGUUAAGUAUCCGCCAGCAACUUCCACUUACCGUGGCCUUAUCAGCCAAAGUUUUGACGAUCGCGGAAGUUCUACUGACAAUAAU